UGUCAGGAGAAGGAACCUUGAGAUCACCUAGUCCAGCCAGAAUCUUCUUAAAGAGCCAGUACACCUAACUAUCCUAUCACUGCUCGUCUUAAACUAGCAUUUUUAAAAUGAUAUCUAAUUAAUUUUACGAGAUAAGAUAGCAGGCAAAUGAAAAACCAAAAAACAAACAAACAAAAGGAGUGGUGGAAUCCAAGCAGCUGCUGUCAUUGCGUAAAUGGGUCAUUUUACACCGCAGUACAUCUGCAGCAUCAACUGAGAGCAAAGGCAGAAAGAAGUGUUGCUGUGCGCUGUGGCGCAGCAUCAGUAGGCACUGUGACAGCACCAAGGACGUACGUGGCUUUUGGUUUCCUCUGGUGAAUGACGGAUUUGGUUGCGCGCCUGCAAGUUGAUCGACAAUGCCAGCGCGACCGAGGAUUCUUUCCUACCAGCAAUAAGGGCUGAUUAGAUUAGAUAGCUGAAAUUCCCCGUUUUCGACAAACCGCCGCCAUCGUGGGGGACGACGUCACAUUUCGCCCCGCAGAAGGAUUUAUUCAAUUGACGACAGCACGCGAUCAGAUUCAGAUGAACAAUGUUUAGAUUGCUGUUUAUGUUCGUACAAACCAGCUGCUGUAGAUUUUAAAGUGAUAUUAUUUGCACUUCGUGUCCGUAAUGUAGAGUCAGUUGAUGGUAUAUGUUGCGCAUGUAAACACAAAAGAUUUAACGUCUGUCGCUUGACAACAUUAGAGAUGAGUGCAUCUACUUCCAAGAUGGUGCAAUGAUGUCAAAUCUCAUUUUAACAACCUCAGGGGAAAAGUAAUACAAUCUCAAGGUGAAAUUCCGGAGGACACUGUGAGUCUUAGCAUGAAGUGGAAUGUUACACGUGCUUCUUUUUAUAAAUAAAAGCAGAAGAAGCCCAUCAAUUUGACGUGUAAACUUCAGGACAGUUAAAAUUGUCUGCAGCAAUAAUUUGUCGCAAUAAAUACUAUAAUCAGCAGGGAACUGUUGACUGGGGCCAAAGUACUACAGUGUAUGAUCUCUCUGAGAGGCCUGUAGGUGGAUGUAUUUUGCCCAUUACAAUGCAUGUGUAGCUGCUAGGAUGCACUUUAUUGAACUACAUUUCUUAAUAUCUGCAGUAUUCUUCAAAUAAAAAGCAUUAUAUAUAUAUAUGAUCAAUAACUGUCAAGAGGAAAACCAAAAUUUGGCGUGUAAAAGAACUUUGUGAGGCCCCUUGUCCCAAUAGAAAGGUAUAACCAGUGACAUGACUGCUAUUCACAUCCUGCUCCUUUUCCUCUCCUGCACAUUUUUGGUGCACCGGUGCGAUGGGGCGUGUGCAGAGCCCGAGUCGGACACAGAGGCGGUGGUGGGCCAAGGCUUCAAACUGGGCUGCCUCUCCUGCAAGAGGAGGAGCGAGGUCAAAGCUACUGCCACUGUCGAAUGGUACUUCCAGGCCAAAGGAGAGGUCGACUUUGUGCAAAUCUACACCUACGAUGAGAUGGGCCCCACCAUUGAAAACGAACACUUCAUGGACCGUCUGGAUUGGAACGGGAGCAAGAGGAGCAACGACAUACAAGAUGCGUCCAUUUAUAUUCUCAACGUCACCUUAAACGACACAGGCAUAUACCGCUGCUUCUUCAACCGCAUACUCGCCUAUGAAAACUACGAGUACACCAAUGUUGUCCGCAAAGUGGUCUACCUCACUGUGGUGGAAAAAGCUACCAGAGGAACAGCUUCCAUCGUGUCUGAAGUCAUGAUGUACGUGUCCAUCAUCGGCCUGCAGGUGUGGCUCCUCAUCGAGAUGAUAUACUGCUACAGGAAAAUAGCAGCAGCUGGGGAGGAAGCAUUAAGAGAAGCUGCGAAUGCUGAAUAUUUAGCAAUUGCCUCAGAAAGUAAAGACAACUGUGCUGGGCAGGUUGGAGAAUAGCAAAGGCUUCCAUUUUGGACUAAAAACUUCCCUCCUAUGCGCCCCGUUAACUGCUUUAAAAUAACUUGCGAACGAGACAAGACUCCAUCUUCAUCUCACGUCUUCUGUUUGAUCUUUUUUCUCUCCUUGAUAAAGAGCUCAAAUACGAAGCAUGGUACCAGCACUGUAAAGAUCAUUUGCAACACACAGAAGCAAAGCUGCACUUGUAUGAAAAACCUAUUAUGCAUUAAUGAGCCAUUGUUUAAAGUCAUACAAAAAGUACUAUGUAGACAUAUUGUAUAUUUAUAUAAGCGAAUAGACAAUACUGUGGGAGCCUCGAGGACUCUGAGGUUAAAAAAUAAGCUUGACUUCAACAGAUAAAGCUGUGACAAACCUCAGGCAUUUCAGUAAGAAAGGGGGUCUCUAUUCGCUGACACUGGGUGAUCAGAUCCCGAAACAGUACCUCUUCUGGCCCAGGAUGGAGAGCUUGUGAGAAUGAGAGAAGAUAGAGAAGUUGUGAGUGAAAACACUCUUUGGAGUUGUAAAGCUGGCUCCCACAAAGAAGACAAGCACACGUCACUUACAAAUAUUUUAAGAUGGCUGGUACAGGCCAGGCCGUUGCCGCCAUUGUUCCCCGGUCCACAUGUCCCCAGCACUGUGCGUUUGGGCUUCACCAAGCAGCUCAGUGAAUAUAGCUUCACUGAAAACAACAUGAGACUAUUACAUUCACGCUACUAUCAUCCUGGCUGGAAUAAAAGGGACACUCUGGUUCACCCUUGCGACGGCUGUACAACUGAGGCUCCAUCAGCGGGUCUACACGAUGGCUACUCCCUCCUCAUCAAUGUGCUGGGCCUCCUCCAGUCUGCAGAACACAAGUCAGUCAUAAACUGGAGAAAGUUUAUUUAAGUGCUCUCUGUGAAACAUACCCGAGGUAUUUUCAGAUUUUGUGAAUCUCUUUAUCAAGCAAAAUUGUAAUCCACUCUGUGUUCAACGACUAGACAGUAAGUAAUUGCAAAUGAUCUGAGAUGAACCAAAGUUACUAGGAGGGUGUGCACUUUCUGUAAACUGCUAACAGUUAGCAUGAGUCAAACCUUUAACAACCAGAGAUGAAUAAACAUUAGUGACACUCACCAAA